GGAAAGUUGUAACCCUGGACUGUGUGGGAAUUAAAAUGGCAACUCAACAACGCUAUUCAUGGGAAGCCAAUGCAUCAAAAAAAUUACUCAAGAAACUUUCAUUGCUGUCAAAUACAUGGCCAGGAGUUUUUGGCGUGCCGAUCACCCUCUUUGGUUGCGAUGAGGAUCAAGCGAGAGAAUCUAUGCAUUUGCAUGUUGUACAUUUGGGCGGCAUACCAGCUCAUCUCUUUCAACGUUGGGCAUCUUACAAAGCGCUAACAACAGCAGUUGCAAAAGCUUUAGACAGCAUCGUUAAAUGUGAAGUGGAAGCUGAAUUUCACGUCGAGCAUCUUCUGCAUAAAGCUGAAGGCAUUGUACCUCCGAGACAUGCACUAUCAUCAGCUCGUCCCUCUACCCGACAACCAGACGAAUUUUACGAAGAUGUUCAGAAGACUGUGAUUGGUUGCAAUAUUCAUGGCCAUUCCCAAACGUGCAAGGCAGGUAUACAAAGGAAAGAAAGUUGUCGGAUGCGUCUCCCACAGCCCAUAGAGUCCGAAUUGUCCUGCUGCCAAAUCGAACCAUUUCAAGAUGGCAAAGGUGUUCGUACAUACAGAAUUCCAUCUGGAUUUACAGCACAGCAAAUUGAUUCUCUCUCUAUGAGAAACAUUUCAAGAUUACCAAUUCCCUUGCGAGAUAACAGUAACAGACUCAUCACGUUGCAAUACAAGCGAAGACUAAUACCCCCAAUUGAACUGUCCAUCAAGACAUGGAUGCAAGAGAUGUUUUAAGAUUAUCUGUGCAUCUGCUGGUACAAUAUGAACAUUUCAGUCAAGAACAAAGACUUCAUGAACAAGGUAUUACCUUUCGCAAAAAAAAACAUCAAUUUUCACUUAAGAGAAAGAGAUCUGAUUAUAACUGAUGCCUUCCGUGUACCCCCUCCCCACCCCACCUGCUGAUAAUAUAAUGCUAAUAACAAAAGUAUGAAAAAGCUUUACGGGUUUAUUGAAAUAAUAAAAUUAAUAAAAAGUUUAGUCAUUAAUGUCUUAUACGUUUUUAUUCUUAGAGUUAAACAAUUAGGAAAUUACGAUCAUCUUGUGCAAGACAAGGUUUUACAUGGAGCCGUCGCAUUUAGAUUGUUAUAUUGCGACGAAAUCACAAUUAUAAACUCGAAUUUGUGUUUUCGUGUUUUA